CGCAAUUGGAUUGUUUUUAAUAAAGUUGUUAAGACACAAUGGCUCCUAGAAAGGCUAAAGCUCAAAAAGAAGAAGUCCAAGUCUCCUUGGGCCCCCAAGUGCGUGAUGGCGAAUUUGUUUUCGGUGUUGCCCACAUCUAUGCCAGUUUCAAUGACACUUUCGUGCAUGUCACCGAUUUGUCUGGCCGUGAAACCAUUGCCCGUGUCACUGGCGGCAUGAAGGUAAAAGCUGAUCGUGAUGAAGCCUCUCCCUACGCUGCUAUGUUGGCUGCUCAAGAUGUUGCCGAAAAAUGCAAAACCUUGGGCAUCACUGCUUUGCACAUCAAAUUGCGUGCCACCGGUGGCAACAAGACCAAAACCCCUGGACCUGGUGCCCAAUCUGCCCUCCGUGCUUUGGCCCGUUCUUCCAUGAAGAUUGGCCGCAUUGAAGAUGUUACUCCCAUUCCUUCCGAUUCCACACGCAGAAAGGGUGGUCGUCGUGGUCGCCGUUUGUAAACAAACAUUCAUCAUCUCCACCAUGUCUUGUGUACUGUUAUUUGGACGGCUUGCAGCAGCAGCGUUUGUUACACUUCACGCGUUCAACGUUAUUGUAUGGACGUUAAGGGGUUGACAAAUGAAAAUUAUUAAAUUUUUUUAAUAAGUGAUCGUGAAUAAAAAAACAAAAAACAAGAAUUUCGUAUCCAAAAUACAGACCAA